AUGUUGGAGGCAUUCGAGAUUUUGACCACCUCAGGUGUGGUGCUCUGGUCCAAGUCCUAUGCUCCAGUGGGCGCACAUGUCAUCAACGGCUUGAUCAACGACGUCUUUAUCGAGGAGAAAGUUCUGCCCCAAAAUACCUCAACAUCGGGAGUCUCGCCGGCAUAUAAGAAGGAGAAAUACACUCUCAAGUGGAAGAGAGUCAAGGAAUUCGAUUUGAUCUUCGUGGCCGUCUACCAAUCACUGCUCCACCUCGGCUGGAUCGACAAGCUUCUUGAGAAUAUCUCGACCAUCUUCAUAGAUCUCUACAAGGACCAAGUGAAAGGAAACCGCGCGAGAAUCCAGACCUACCGUUUCGAACCAUACUUUGACCAGCAAGUUCGAGAGUUGGAAGACGACACCGGCUUUGUGGAGGAACAUGUGCCAGAAGCAAGCGAGAAGAAAGAUUCGCUUGUCUCAUCAGAUAAUGGAGGACCCCCUCCCCCACCUGUUCCUGGCCUGGUGAAAGCGCAGCCUAGAGCUGCGCAAGCCGGGGCGACCUCUGACGAGGGUACGCCACCAGCCACACCAGAUAUUUCUAGAACUUCGACUCCCCAGGGCCAUCUUCUUACCGCUAAGGCCGGGCCUGGGGGUCGCGUCUCCCGCCGGGCUCGCAAGGCUGCUAAUGCGAGCCCCCACGCAUCUUCUGGCGAUGAAAGUAUCAGAAAGGGAAAGCCCGCCAAGAGCACUGCCAAGAAGAUGCGCAAAUGGGAUGCCAGCGGGAUGGCAGAUGAGGAUGAUGGGGAGAUUCUCGAUUACUCUGCUCCCGCGGAUGAGGGAGAGGUCGCUGCGCCGGCAGUGGAAGCCGUCUCCGCGGACGAUUGGGGUCGCCGGACGGGCAAGGGCCAGUUCGUGUUGAAGGAGCUUGGUGAAGAGGUCCAGUCUAUCUUGGAGCAGGCCGAUGCAGAGAAAUCCAAGGGCGCUGCUUCGUCGGGCGUUGUUGGCUCCGGUUUCAACGCUAUUGGAGGUUUCUUCCGUAACAUUGUUGGUGGAAAGGUCCUGACAGAAUCCGACCUUGAGAAGCCUUUGAAGGCGAUGGAGGAGCACCUUCUGAAGAAGAACGUCGCUCGUGAAGCCGCCGUCCGUCUCUGUGAAGGAGUGCAACGUGAAAUGGUCGGCAAGAAGACUGGCAAUUUCCAAAGCACCGACGCCGCCUUGCGAGUGGCGAUGGAAUCCUCCCUCCGCAAGAUUUUGACCCCAACUUCUUCCUUAGAUCUGCUGCGUGAGAUCAACGCAGUUGUCGCUCCCACGACCAAACAGCAGGCUCCUCGGCCAUAUGUCAUGUCCAUUGUUGGUGUGAACGGCGUAGGAAAGUCGACCAACCUGAGCAAGAUCUGCUACUUCCUGUUGCAAAACAAGUACCGGGUCCUCAUUGCAGCAUGUGAUACCUUCCGUUCUGGAGCUGUGGAGCAGCUCCGCGUGCACGCAGACCGCCUGAAGGAACUCAGCUCUCGUGAAAACGCCGGUGAUGUAGAAAUCUACCAGAAGGGAUACGGCAAAGAUGCCGCCAAUGUCGCCAAAGAUGCCGUCGACUAUGCAGCAGCCAACAAGUUCGACGUCGUGCUGAUUGAUACAGCUGGUCGCCGACACAACGACCAGCGACUGAUGUCUUCCCUUGAGAAGUUUGCCAAAUUUGCCAACCCAGAUAAAAUCUUUAUGGUGGGCGAGGCUCUUGUUGGCACGGACAGUGUCAUGCAGGCACGCAACUUCAAUCAAGCCUUUGGUCAAGGCCGCAACUUGGAUGGGUUCAUUAUCAGCAAAUGCGACACUGUUGGCGACAUGGUGGGAACUUUGGUCAGCAUGGUCCACGCUACCGGUAUCCCCAUUGUGUUCCUGGGUGUUGGUCAACACUAUGGAGAUUUGCGCGGGCUCAGUGUCCCCUGGGCUGUUAGUUUGCUGAUGAAGUAA